AUGGAUUACAACGAUUCGUGGACUAGCUACAGUUAUGAAUAUGAUUUCUGGACAUGGAAAGACGCUCCUGUUUAUUUGACCGUCAUAUACUACUUUGUUGCCAUAACAAGUGUGGUUGGCAACGUUCUUGUUCUAAUCAUUUUUUCAAGAAUUAAACGACUCCGAACGCUUACCAACUAUUUUCUUUUACAUCAAUCGUUAGUCGACUUGCUAUCGACUUUAGCAUUUUCGUUUCAGUACCUCAGUCCUAAAUUUUACAUCGACCCUACAAGCAUAUCUGCUAUUCUAUUCUGUAGACUGUACUGGUCGGAGUUCUUCAUCUGGACACCAGUAACCGUGUCUUCUUUCAACUUAGUAGCGUUAUCUCUCGAGCGAUUUUUUGGUAUCGUGCAUCCAGUAGUUCACCGUAAUAAGUUCAGUCGGGGUAAGUUAUGGAUGGUGUUCUUAGCCGAAUGGCUCAUAGCCGCGAUAUACAUGUCAUACUGGAUUGUGUUGUCUGUUCAAGAGGAUGAUUACUGUAUUACAUCAAUGGAAAAUCCGGUAACCAGUCGUGUUAUGCUGUUUUUUGACACCAUGGUACAGACAAUAGUUCCACUGGGAGUGAUGGCCUUUGCAUAUAUCAAAAUCUGGAUAGCCCUAAAAGCCAAGGUGAGCCCAGAUGAUCCACUGAAUACAAUUUCCAGCCACCCACACGACGCAAACCGCACAGCAAAGUGGGACAAAGCGCGAAAAAAUGUCGUGAAAACGCUCUGUAUUGUUUUUAUUACAUUUUUAGUUUGCUGGUUUCCAAUGACUGUUUACAAUAUUCUAUAUACUUGUGGAAUGCCCCUAACUUUCGGGGAUAACUUUUACCUUGUUGCCGUUGUGUUUUCUCUCUGUAAUAUGUGCGUCAACCCCAUCAUUUAUUCUAUACAGUAUAAACAAUUUAAGAAAGGAAUCACUCGGUUAUUCUGCAAAAAGAAGAACGAAGGCGAAAUAACAAUUGGAGACCCAACACAAACGUCAUAA